GAAACUGAAGAAUAUCUAAUAUUGAUGCUGGUUGUUUGGCAAGGAGCUCGCCGUUGCCUGAGUUGCAGCGGGCAGCGCACUAAUCAAGGCUACCAACUGCGUCGUCAUCGUGGCUCAAUCGGUGAUAAACUUGAUCGAUAUCAACUCGUUGGAACCCGGGAAGAUGCGGCCUCGCUGCUGGAGCUGAGACCGCCUCGCAGGCUGCGAAAGACGGAAGGUCCGCAUCCGCGACCGAUCAGCAAAAACGACGUUUACUGUCACGGCGAGUUGCUGCACACGAUACAGAUGGCCUCGAUCUACAAGGACUCCAAGACGUUCGUCGACAUGAAGAUGAAACACCCGCCGAACGAGACGUUACUGCUGUUUCGGGAAUUCAUGGAGCGGGUCGAUCACAUGCCCACCCGGCAUCAGAUCGAGGAGUUCGUCAAGGACACGUUCGAUCCGGAGGGAUCCGAGUUCGAAGAGUGGGAUCCCGCGGACUGGGUCAGCCAUCCCCGCUUCCUCGACAAGAUCCUCGACGAGGACCUCCGGAAGUUCGCCUCCGACCUGAAUCGCAUCUGGAAGAUGCUCGGACGGAAGAUGAAGGACGACGUGCGGAUCCACGAGGAUCAGUACUCGAUCAUUUACGUGCCGAAUCCGGUGAUAGUGCCCGGCGGCCGAUUCCGGGAGUUCUACUACUGGGACUCCUACUGGAUCAUCAAGGGGUUGCUGCUCUCCGAGAUGUACGCCACCGCCAAAGGAAUGCUCUCCAACUUUGUCUCGAUCGUGGACAAGAUCGGUUUCAUACCGAACGGCGGCAGAAUUUACUACACCAUGAGGUCCCAUCCUCCCCUCUUGAUCCCGAUGGCCGACGUCUACGUGCAGGCGACCAACGACUACCAGUGGCUCGAGGAGAAUCUCUACCUCCUCGAGAAGGAGUUCGACUUUUGGAUGACCAACCGGACGGUACAGGUCGAAAUGGACGGAGAGAAGUACACCCUGGCCAGAUACUACGAGGAAUCUUCGGGACCGCGACCCGAGUCGUACAAAGAGGAUUAUCUGACCAGCCAAAGCUUUCGCACCACCGAGGAGAAGGACAACUAUUACGCGGAGCUCAAGACCGCCGCCGAGUCGGGCUGGGACUUUUCCAGUCGAUGGUUCAUACUCGACGGCACGAACAAAGGUAACCUGACCAACUUGAAAACGAGAUACAUCAUCCCCGUGGAUCUGAACUCGAUAAUAUAUCGAAACGCGGUACUGCUGGCGCGGUUCAAUGCGAGGAUGGGCAACGAAUCGAAAGCCGCGUACUACCGGAAAAGAGCGGAGGAAUGGAAGAGAGCGGUCACGGCCGUACUCUGGCACGACGAAGUAGGCACUUGGCUCGACUACGAUAUCAUGAACGACAUCAAGAGAGAUUACUUUUAUCCGACCAACAUUCUGCCGCUCUGGACCGAUUGCUACGACAUUGCCAAGCGAGAGGAAUACGUGUCCAAGGUGCUCAAGUAUCUGGAGAAAAAUCAGAUCAUGCUGAAUCUCGGCGGCAUACCGACUACCCUCGAGCAUUCCGGUGAACAGUGGGACUACCCGAACGCCUGGCCGCCCCUUCAGUACUUUGUGAUCAUGUCGUUGAACAGAACCGAGGACCCGUGGGCGCAGAGACUGGCGUACGAGAUCGGGCAACGAUGGAUCCGUAGCAACUACAAAGCGUUCAACGAGACGCGCAGCAUGUUCGAGAAGGUUAGCUCUUCCUUCCUUCCUUCCUUCGGAGGCGGUGGCGAAUACGAGGUGCAACUCGGCUUCGGCUGGAGCAACGGAGUCAUCAUGGACUUGCUGGACAAGUACGGUGACAGGAUGACCGCCGACGAUCACUUCGUGCGCGACGACGUGCUGCAAAGCGCGGCUCCGCAACAGCCUGUCGUCUCUACGGCCGGUCAAGUGAUGACGGGCGUUCUCGCUCUCAUCAUAUCGAUAGCCGCGGGAUUCAUAGGAAUGGUGGUGUACAAAAGGCGGCAUUACUACGCGCCCGGACCGUCCACGAUGCCGAACAGAAGGAAAGUGAUUUCACCGAGCGAAAACCUUUACCGCAAGAGGAUCGCCUACACCGAGCUCAAGGACAUGAACGACGAUUGACGAGCGUUGCUCGUUUAGAGGGCUAAUUCGUUAAAACCGACUGGAAACCGCGACAACGGCACAACACUGUCGAGUAGUAGGAAGGAGGAAGGUGGACGAGGAGGCGCCAGCGGUAAACGGAACUCGUCCGCGGUCUCUACCUCUUCCAACACGUAGAUAGAUAGGUAGAUAGAUGAAAAAUUCACCGCGGUUCCAGAUCGUCCCCACAGUAAUCCGUCACGCCUCCGACUAAAUCACUCCUGCCAUUUCGUUCGGCGUCACGCAGUCGCAGUCGCAGUCGCAGUCGCGUUCGAUUCACGGGGAAGGUGAACAACGGUGCAAAAACGCGAACGUGACUUUUCCGAACGAGGAGGGACACUGGAGAAGAGAGUGAUACCGUGAAACGAUCUGGAACGUGUGUGGCGUCACAAUUGCGAUACGCUUGCACGCCUGCGCGUCUCUAUCGUAACCACCGCGCCGCGUCCCGCAGACUGUGCUGCACGCGCCAGGCCUAAACAACGUGGAUCCCUGAGAAAAGCGCACGCCAACCGGUCUACCAGACGCUAGGAGUGGUGGAGAGAAGCGAUCGAGGAAACAAAUCGCGAGUCUAACACUCGAAUAAUCGAGCGUUGCGUGUACUCGUACGUACACUGGGUUUAUAGGUGAGUUUAGGUAAUCGAUCAUCGAUCAUCGAUACACGAUACCAUAGAUCAAAUUAUUCUAGAAAAUAUUCUAUAUUUUCCGGGUACUUUUAUAGAAAGGAAUUGGUUUAGCCGUGCUUUUCGCGGCAAUCCGUACGUUUCACCGUUAUUCGGGCUAAUAUACUUGCUUAAUCAACCAGACCUCUCCGAAGGAAUUGCGAAACUCGUUUACGAUGCGCGUAGCCAACAAGAAUAGCCGACCGAAUGCUUUUCCUGCUGGACUUUGCGCUCGCCCGAUAUUCCUUCCUUGUAAAUAGUAACGCUCUUUUUACCGUCGUGCCGCCGCGAAACCUACGACCAGCCGUAGUCGAUUUAACUUAACGACUGGUCGAAGCCACGAUGUGUAACAUUCGGUUUUAACCAUUUUCACUGUCGAAAUCAUUCUAGUUUUUAUGAUAAACACGCGAAAAGUGUAAUAAAUAGAGAAUUUUGUUGCGAUUAGAUAAUAGAAAUGUGCGUUCGCGAAGCCGACUAGAAGCGAGUUUAGAUAUAUAGGGGCAUCUCCUAAGUUGUACAUAUUUUACUCGCCGCGGUCCAUCUUUUAUUUCAAACACGCCUCGUUUUGCGCAGGAUAUAUAUCUAGCUAGCCAACAAACACCAGCAGGAUACUCUCUCUAAACGGCUUGCGAAACAGCAAAAGAGCGAAAGAGCGAAAGCCGAACAACGAUCCCCUUUUUGCCUUCUCGAACCUCGCGAUAAUUCGAUUCGAGCAAUUAACGUCUUUUAUUUAACCCUUGUGUCGAUACUCGGCUAUCCGGAGGGCACAACAAUUUUUACUUUUUCUUCCUACGUUAUCCAGUCUCGGUUCUCAAGUUCCACGUUGAAUAUCUAUAAUGUUCGUUGGCUUGCCAAGGACACUCUCGAUAGCAAGCUUUUCAAACCGAUCUUCCAUACAUAAUGGAUAAAGCGAGCUCUCUUCGCUCACUUUACUCAAAAACACCCGUCGUUCGUUGCUGCUUCUUCUUCUUCGUCUUCUUCUUCGGAGCAUUUUAUUAUUUUCCUAAUAAAUAAUGUACGAAGCAAGAGCUGCGAUCUGAAUAACAUCGAAGAAUAAACAGAGUUUGGUCCAUAGUGUCAACUCCACUCUUGUAUUUAUCGUAAUAAAGUAUCAUUUCUGGUUUCUUUUUAGCGUCACUUGAUAUUGUCGUAUCUGCCUGGCGUGCUGCAAUUCAGUCAACAUCUUCCAACUGGAACCCUUUCUCGAGACAUUCCACCAAAACUGUUCAGAUUCAAAAAGUAGGCACCUCGGAUAUUGAUAUUCGGUUGUUGACAUAAGGGUUAACUAGGUUAUUCGAUUUACUUAUUUAUUUAUACAGUUCGUCACGACACUUGUCUCCUGCCGUCGCGGCGGCUCGAAUCUCGCCAAGGAAAAAGAACAAAUAGUGUGCGCGGUUGCUUGCUCGUUCGCGCGACCUACGUUUUUAUCCACGCAACGGUCAUCUUUCCCAUCGUCUCGCACAAACAAGAAUCGUCGAACGAGAAUCCUAACUGAUACACGAACGCCUCUGUAAAUAUACGAUACUUUGAUUAUUGUGAUACUUGGAAAUAAGUAGCUACCCACGUGCCCUUCUAUAUGUAUGUAUUACGUUUCUUCUUCUUUUUUUUCACUCCAAACUCCUCGUUUCUUUCGAUCUGGAAAGACUGGAAUCGCGGAAUCGUCGAAGGUGUUUCCUGUUCUUAUCUGUCGUUCGACGAUUCAUACCUGGCUCACGCGGUAGUCACAACGAACUUGUAACAUCCAGUUUCAGAUCAACUUGUGUUCGAACGCGAAUCGAGCCUCUCUUCUCUCUCUCUCUCUCUCUCUCUCUCUCUUUUCGAUACGAACGAAUCCUGUAUAUUUUUUUUCCUUUUUUUAUUUGUCCGACGAAUAGAUAAUCGAAUCGUGUAGUUUGUAGGUAGGAAUAUCGAAAUUUAUAGGUAAGGCGCUCA